CAGAACGCGACGUCGUGGACCAGCAACAACACAACACUGGGCCACCGCAUGCCGGCACCUUUCGCCCACAACCGUUGCAGCUUGUUUGGGAGAUAUAUUAAUUGUAAAGACUUUUCGUUACGUUUUUGGCCUGGAAACGGGGCUUUUGUGAGGAGCACUGGCCUCAUCUGCUCGUCCUCAAUAGUAUUGAAAGCCGAAAAUUUGAGCGCCUUGUCCAGUUGACGCACUAAUGGCUGUUGUAGUGCCCAAGAUGUCCAGCGGUGGCGCUGUUCGCAUUCGCUACAUCAGUCGGGAUGUGGGCACUAGCAGAUGGAGGGAGGGAAUAUUUGAGAUCCACGAGAGGGACAACAAAGUAAACCUAGUAUUGAAGUUCAACAGUGGUGGGACCCCAAAACAUUUUCAGUUAAACCACAAUGUGAAGAAUGUUGUUUUGGGUUCCAUGCACAACCUUAGCCGUUUGUCGUUGACACUGAAAGACUCAAGUGUUGUCAUAUUUGAGAAAAUGUCCACAAUGGUUGGAAAAAAAUUAAAGGACUACCUUGAAACAAUUAAGCAGGCUAAACAAAUGGCUCUUAAGACAAACCAGGGGAGUGCCAGUUUUGGAUUAGUGCUUGGGAACCGAACAGCGCAGAAUGAAUCCGGUUUAUCUCAGUCAGAAAAACAGGCAACUCAAAGGCGGUCAAGCUUGGACAGCAGAGAGGAAAGCACUCCGCGGAAGCCUCUUGGGAGUCCCAGCCGAGUAACAUCAACACCUGUGCGCAGUGGACUCUCAGAGAACAGGAAUGAGAAGAGGAAGAGGUUGAUAAACUCAGAUACUGACCUGAAUGAAGACUACCCCAAAGAGAAUGACUCUUCUAGUAACAAUAAGGCCAUCGCAGACCCUUCCAGGAAGUAUCUGCUCAGCUGCAAAGAGAAGCUGAAGCAGGCAGAGGAGAACAGGACAGCUCCCCAUGCAUCAGCACCCCUCCAGCCAUCAUCCUUCUAUGGCAGCAGGACAGGAACUAAAGAUUACAGUCAAACACAUACAUUAUUGGACAGGUCCACCAGCACAAGCCAGUCCCCUUCUGCCAAAAGAAGCCUCAUGCUGCCCAAUCACUCCACUCCGUUUAAGAAAGUCCGGACAUCUCUGGAAUAUGGAGGCUGGAAUAAGCCGAGACCUUCCACCCUAACACAACCUCAGCCACCUCUGCAGGGAUUCUCCAACCUGGGAAACACCUGCUACAUGAAUGCCAUACUGCAGUCACUUUUCAGCCUGCCCUGUUUUUCAAACGACCUUCUGAAACAGGGUAUCCCAUGGAGGAGGGUUCCCAUCAAUGCCCUGUUGAGGCGAUUUGCCCAUCUGCUUGCCAAAAAAGAUAACUCGUCUCCAGAGGUGAAGAAAGAUUUGCUGAGGAGGGUCAAGAAUGCAAUUUCAUCUACAGCUGAACGCUUUUCUGGCUAUAUGCAAAAUGAUGCCCACGAGUUCCUGAGCCAGUGUCUGGAUCAGCUAAAGGAGGAUGUGGAGAAAGUCAACAAGAGCUGGAAGAGUGAGUACUCAGCCUGGGAUGAGCCUCAGGGCACGCGGUUAACGGAGGACACAGACACUGCUCGCAUAUACACGUGCCCUGUUACCGUCAACAUGGAAUUCGAAGUGCAGCACACAAUCACAUGUAAAAGCUGUGGGGAGGUGGUGACAAAACGCGAGCGGUUCAAUGACCUAUCCAUAGAUCUGCCUCGCAGAAAGAAAACCCUCCCUCUCAGAUCCAUCCAGGACUCACUGGAUCUCUUCUUCAGGAUGGAAGAAAUCGAAUAUUCAUGUGAGAAGUGUAAUGGGAAAGCUGCUACAGUUACACACAAAUUCAGCAGGCUGCCCCGGGUGCUGAUUCUUCAUCUGAAGCGGUACAGUUACAACGCUCAGCUGUCUCUGAACAGCAAGCUGGGCCAGCAGGUCUUGAUCCCGAAAUAUCUCACCCUGCUCUCCCACUGCACGGAGAAUACACGGCCCCCGCUCAGCCUUGGCUGGAGCGCCUACACAGCACUGUCCAGAACACUGAAAACAUCACAAUCUGUCAACUCCUCUAUGUUACGGAAAGGGUCUAUAAAGUCUGAAAACACAGGAAGUGUCUUAUGUGACUCUGAUAGUGAAGAGGAACUAAUCAGGAAAGGUAGUGGAAAACAUCGACUGAGUGAAUCCCUCCCAGAUGAUGAAAGGAUGGAGGUGCAGCAGAGUGGUCAAGUGGAGCAGUCAGAGUUCACAGGCAUGAAUGACGAUGAAAUGCUGGCUGCUGUUCUUGAGAUGAGUCGGCACGAUGCUGGUCCCUCUGUGCCCCGUGAUGAUGAACCAACAAGCAGCCCUGACACGGGGUUUGGUGAUACAGAUGCUCAGGAGAUGACUCACCAUUUGGAUCUGCUAGAUGGAGACAAACCAUCUGGAGAUGUGCUGGGUUCCCUGGACCUGACCAUGGACGAGAACAAGGAGAACCAGACUCCAGAUGGUACUCAGGGCGAGCUGGACUGGAUGCAGCAGUACAGUUUGGACCAGGAGCGUGAGGAGCAGGAGCUGCAGCAGGCUCUCGCCCAGAGCCUGCAAGAACAUGAGGCGAGGGAGAUGAGGGAGGAUGACGAUCUAAAAAGAGCUACGGAGCUCAGCUUGCAAGAGUUCAACAACUCCCUCCCUGAGCUGCUGUGCUCUGAUGAUGAUUCAGGCAAUGAGGAUGCUCUAGACAUGGAGUACAGUGAAGCUGAGGCAGAGGAACUGAAGAGGAAUGCUGAGAGUGGAGAGCUUGCAAACUCUUUCAGACUCAUUAGUGUGGUCAGUCACAUUGGCACCAGCUCAUCAUCAGGCCACUACAUCACUGAUGUUUAUGAUAUGAAGAAGCAGUCCUGGCUCACUUACAAUGACUUAGAUGUGUCCCGGACACAAGAGGCCACUGUGCAGAGAGACAGAGACAGGAGUGGAUACAUCUUCUUCUACAUGCACAAGAAUGUGUUUGAGGAGCUGUCAGAGUUAGAGAGAGCAGGAGGAACCACUGAUUCCAGCCGCACUGUUCUGCAACCUUUAUGAGACUGUGUAUACCAGGUGCUACCUGCAGUCCUGUGCUGCUGCGAUGGGUCUAUGGAGUGAUGGACGGAUGAGCCGAGUCUAGUGUAGAACUUGUACCUCUGUCCAGUACUACUGAUCACCGUCCAUACACCCUCCUUACUCACUUACUCCAGGCACUUUUCUUUUUGCUUUCCUUUUUUUCCCUUGGUGUGGAACAUUGUCACUAAAGUAGAGCAGUAUUUAUGUUCUGUAAGCCUGUGUAAAUAUAACAAAGUUUAUGACAACACCAACGAAAUAAAUUAACAUAAUGAAUGCAUUUUGGGAUUCUGUAGGAUAUGAAAUUUCGCCUCGAGACAUUUGUUAAUCUAUUUUUUCAAUUCUUCCUAUUUGCUCAGUAUUGCAUUUAAUGAAAUAAAGUCUCUUGGCACAGCAGAACAUUUUAUGCAUUAAUAAUUUCAGAGCAAAUGUUUGAGGUCAGGGAGUAUUUGUCCUUUAGCUGUUUCUUUUUCAACUUUUCCAAAAUCCUUUAUGAUCUAUUGAAAUAUAAAGAUUUAUUCUUCUAUGUUUGGGGGUGAUGUUGGGACAUCUGUUUCCUGUUUGAUAUGCAGCUGAAAAUGUGGUGCAAUGUUUACUUUGCCAGUUGGCUUUUAUGUCUGUCAUAUAGCGAUGAGGGGGUUGGGGGG